AUGGGCUCCAGAGGACUGAUGAGGGGUAUCCUCCUGCUCGGCUGCCUGGUGACGCUCCUGCUGGCUCACGCUUCCGACGCUGCACCAGGUGAGACAGAAUCCACGCCUUUCCAUUAUAGAGAGAGAAGUAUGCGCACUAGAGAGAGAGAGAGAAGAGGGCAUAACCUGUUAUCUGUCUGAUCUUCGGCAGCAGCGGAAGGCGAGCUGCGGCCCUCGAGAACCGAUCCCUUGGACGGGUUCAGGAAAUACAGAGGAGGAUACAACAUCACCAACCUGCAUUACUGGAGUGUAUGCCAUCGCCCGCUUUCCUCCCUAGCUUUCAACUUUGGGUAGAUGGGUUCACAAGCCUUUCUCCUCUGACGCUUCCUCUUCUUCUCCUUCUUCAAGUCCGCCGUCUUCACCGGCGUCUAUGGCUACGGCAUGGCGGUCUUCUGGCUCCUGGCCGGCCUGGUCUACGCCACCGUCCUCCUCCUCUGCAGCUGCUUCACCGGCGACGGUGAGAAGCCCGGAAACCGCCAUCGUCCCUGCGAGAACAAGCGCUGCCUCUGGUUGCUCAUGCUCCCGGUCCUUCUCACUCUCCUACUAAUGUAAGAAGAAACCGUUUACCUGCCGCUGGUUGCCCGCCAUGGAAGUCCCACUGAAGCUCUAGCUUGUACUCUGGUUUUGCUGCUCAGAGCUUCCUCCGGAGUGGCGCUGGCAGGAAGCGCGGGGUUCCACUCCCGCGCCGGCGCCGUCAAGAGCAAGAUUGAAGAGACGGCGCGGGGGGCCUCUGAGACCAUCUUCAACGUGACUAGGUCUGUAAAGGAGAUCCGGGAAGAAGGGGAGCUCGCCAGCGGCCUCCACGUGUCGGCGGUCCUCGCCGCCGCGUCGGACAGGCUGGACGGCGACGCCUCGGGGCUGCAGAGGAAAGCGGAGAAGAACGUGCGGAUGAUCGGCAAAGGUCUCCAGAUAUUGUAAGUUCUUCGGCGUCCCUUUCUUCGGCUAUUCCUGUGAAGCUGAACUUGUGUGGGCUGGUUUCCUUCCUUCUCAGGCAUGCGACCACCAUCGCCAUUGUUUGUCUCGGUCUGGUGUUGGCUCUUGGUCUGCUGGGUAAGUGAAAGAAUCCAUUUCUUCUCAGAUUUUGGGGUCCCACCCACCAUUUAACUAACUAACAUCCCACAUCUCCGUCUUCCACAUCUAAUGCAGGGUCGGGAUUCUUCAAGCUCCGACGAACUUUCGUCCUGUAAGUAGCAAAACUCGAGCGCGCUUCGAUGACUGUUUCUGCAAAAAUAUGCCAUUUUGGUCACUAAUCUCGAGUGGUUUUCAUCGCCGCCCACAGGAUUCUGUGCCUCACCUGGGUGGUAACCUCCCUCUGCUGGGCGGACGCCGGGCUCUACUUCUUCGUCGACAGGUGACCACCAUUACGAAUUGGGGUUGAUAUGAUAGACCUUUGCGGUACCGGAGAUGAUGACCCAUUCCGGCCUCCAGGUUCGCCGGAGAUACGUGCGCCGCCCUCGAAGAGUUCCAGCGGGAUCCCGGCAACAGCAGCCUGGCCACCCUUCUCCCCUGCGACGACAAGCUCACAGCGAAGUGGGCGCUGCGGGACACCAGAGCUGGAAUUAGUGGUCUCAUAGACCAGAUCAAUAAAAAUAUAUCAGAGGUGCGCUCUUCCGCCUUUCCAGGCCUAGCGGACGUCUGCAAUCCCUUCUCGGCUCCGCCGGAGUUCACCUACCAGCCGGAGAACUGCUCCGCCGCCGAGAUAAGAAUAGGCGACAUUCCCCAGGUGAGGAAACCCUUCUUCUCCAUGGGCCACUGCCUCUUUUCCAGUCUUCAUCUGAGGUCAAGCUAAUAGGAGUCAUGUCCCCUGCAGAUCCUGAAGAGAUACGCCUGCUCUGGAGGAGACGGCGGGUCCUGCGGGGAAGGGGAGUUCAUAUCUGCCAAGGAAUACCGCGGGGUGCUGGUCUACACCACCUCGCUCCAGAACAUCCUCAACUCCUUCCAGGCCGUGGAGAACCUGGUGAACUGCCGAAUGGUGAAGGACGCCUUCGCUGAGAUCCUUCACGAGGAAUGCAGGCCGAUGAAGAGAUGGGCGCGGAUGGCGUGGACCGCCAUGGCAGUGCUGUCAGCAAUGGCUUCAUUGCUGGUUCUCUCCUGGGCGGCCAUCGCCGGCCACCACCGCCGCCACCGAUCCUCCGAAGUGGUUCAUCACCCAACAGAGAACCCCAGUCCAGCGAAGCAGUAUGAGAGCAGACCGGAGGCGGGCGCCGAGCAGAUGGCGUCCUUGCCGGAAGUGUAG